AUGUCGCUGUCUGGUCCCAAGUCCGCUCCCGAAAGCCGGCCUUGUUCCUUGUGCCACCACCCGCCACGAGCAAAUAGCGGACCAACCGCAGCCAUUACAAGCCUUGAUGCCCUGUCACAGGGGACAGCGUCGGGCUGCCUUUCAUGCUCAGUCUUGAGUGCCGGCAUCCAAAGUGUUGUCGCCAGUAGUGCCUCUCAGGAUGUCCAGCCCCUGGACUCUAUCGAGAGGUUGCGCAUGGACAUUAACAUGGCUGCUUCUGGCCAGAGCCUCAGCCUGACUCUCUUCGACCGCCAGCUGGAGAUUUCCGUUUUCGCUCAGCCAACACACAAAACCCCUGAAUUUGACCGCUUAUUUCCAAACGUGCCAAUCGGAGUAGUAGAUCUCCCUCAAUCAACAUGCUCUGAUGCUAGCCUCGAAUGGGUGGUAGAGAAACUGAGGCAAUGUGACAACAACCAUACAUGCCACAGAAGGACUUCCGGAUCAUCAGGGCCCUUACCGCGGCAUAUCCUUGAUAUUGGCUCUUCUGACAUCCGAUUGAGAGAGUCUGACGUCGAAGAUGGCGAGAUUGCGAAAUACGCAUGUCUAAGCCACUGCUGGGGUGCGUCACGGCCCUUGAGCACAACAACUGCCAAUCUUGACAUACACAGGCACGGAAUUUGCUGGAAUGUCCUCCCUCGCCUCUUUCAAGACACGAUUACAAUUGUGAGGAGGUUGGGCAUCACUCUGCUCUGGAUCGAUAGCCUUUGCAUCAUUCAAGAUGACAAGGACGACUGGAGACAGGAGGCGGCGAAGAUGGGCUCAGUCUACCAAAAGGCAUACAUUGUGAUAUCCGCAUCGAAGGCAUCCAGCUCCGAAGAGAGUCUAUUUGGUGGGAUCAACGACCAGCUAGAGCCGAGCACAAUAGCUCUUCCAUCUUUGGGCCAAGGAGCUGCUCUAUGCUUUCGCAGAUCAUUCACCCACUCACCUGGAUAUAUGGACCACAGGCUUGUCAAGUCAUCCUCACUGCCGACCUUUAAUCGCGGGUGGAUCUUCCAAGAACGCUUUUUGUCAUCAAGGGUUCUUCACUUCGGGCCACAGGAGCUUUCAUGGGAGUGUCUACGGACAUCCACUUGCCAGUGUACACCUUCAACCAUCGUUGACACCGGUGGUGGGACUGUGGGCACUUAUACACUAUCUGCACGGCGAGUCUUGGAGCCAAAGGCUGUCUUCAAUCACGGCCACUGGCGGCAGUUGAAGGAGGCCCAGUUGAUCAAGGUCUGGCACAUGCUUGUGGAAGAGUAUACGAAACUCCACCUGACCUUCGAGAGCGACAUCUUUCCAGCAAUCUCAGGCAUAGCGAAGAUCUUCCAACGCUCUGCAAGUUCCGAGUAUGUCGCUGGAAUGUGGACAAAAUCUUUACCAUAUGACCUAGCGUGGCAUAAAGAGACCUUGUCUGAUGAGUUGGCAACGGAAAAUGAGUGGUCUCGACGUCCGCAGGUAUGGAGAGCUCCCACGUGGUCGUGGGCAGCAGUGUUGGGCCCGAUCAAGUUUCUUGAUAUGGGAACUGGCCUUGUUACUCUGUGCAAAAUUGAGGAUGCAAAGUGCUUCCCGUAUCAGACGGAUCGAACUGGUGAGCUCAGUGGUGGCAACCUCUCACUACGCGGUCACUUGAUCUCUACAUCGAUCAACUACAGAUCUUCUCUCGGCCAGAAUCUGAGGAAGCCUUUCGAACUCUUUGAGCUCGACAUCAUGGAAAGGCAAGUGGGCAGUGUGUGGGCAGACUACGACUCAUCCUUACCGGGCACGGAUCACAUCCCUGCUGGAAGUGUCAUACAAUGCUUCAUGCUUGCGACGAGAAUUGACUCGGGGUCUUUGAUCAUGCUUCUACUACGGAAGAGUGGCUAUGACGAAGAAGACGGCUGUGUCAUUUGGCAUCGAUUAGGGCUUGUUCAGUUGUCGAAGCCUCCUAAUGUUCGUCUUGAGGCGAAGGAUUAUUGGUUCACCGUCUUCAAGGGACGGAUGAGCGAUUUGACCUUGGUGAAGAUCAUAUGA